AUGAGUCGAAUCGAUGGAUAUCAUAUAAUGAUUGUCUCUUCUUAUUUUACAACAAUAAAAGAUUUUAUAACCGUUGAGUUUGUUUGUAAAAAGUACUUUGACAAUUUAUCCAAAUUUCAUUACAACCCAAUUCCUAUUUCAAAACAAACACGAAAGUACUUUUCACGUCUUGAAACACUUCAUUUGUAUUCAUCAAAUUCUACAAAACUCAAUGGAGAGAAUUUUCAUUCAAUUGUUUUUCAUUAUCAAGUGACUUUCGAUGAACUUUUGAAUAUAAAAGACCUUUACAAGAAUAAUUGUAUAAUAAAAAAUGGUGAUUUAAAAAUUCGAAAUAAAUUAAUUUUUAAAAACAUUAACAUUAUGGCAGAUCAAAUCAUACAUAUCCCCCAAAAAUAUUUAAAUUGUGUUCGUAGUGUCUCCUGUUGUGAUUAUCACUUUUCAAUUAAUUUAUUAGAAAUUCCAAGUUUUGUGACAAGUUUAAAUACUUCUUCUUUUGCAUGUAAAACUAUUACGAGUGUCAAAUUGCCUCAAAAUUUGAAAGUUUUGAGAAGUUGGGCAUUUUAUAAUGUUAAUCAUUUGAAAGAAAUUGAAAUACCAAAAAGUGUCACUUUUAUUGGGAGAAACUGUUUUUGCCAUUGCACAAAUCUUGUAAAAGC